GGUCACGAGCCAUAACCGUCCUCCUGGCGACACUGCUGGGGGGACCCGGAGCCCGCGCGAGCCACCUUCCCGCCGAGGGCUGCGGCGAACACGCGCCCGCACUUCCCAGCCGUCAGCAGACGGGCGGUCACGUGACGCGGUCAUGUGACGCCUCCGUGUGCUCGCACACACCGGCCACAACAGCACGGCGGACUCGCCGUGUCACUCCCACGCCCGUGCCUGAGCCCGCGCCCUCGCUAUGGCGGACGGCGAGCGGUCACCGCUUCUAUCGGACCUCGGCGACGGAGCCCUCGGCGUAGGUGGAGGCGGCGGAGCGCUGCCCGGAGUGCCUCCCUACGGCUUACCCAGCAAACCGCAGAGUUUCCCUCCAUUUCCUGGUCCCACCCAGCCCUCUGUGCUCCCUGGAGAAGACCCCCCACCGUACUCUCCCCUCACUUCCCCUGAGAGCGGCAGUGCACCAGUGAUCAGCUGUAGGGUGUGUCAGAGCCUCAUUAGUGUGGAGGGCAAGAUCCACCAGCAUGUGGUCAAGUGUGGGGUCUGCAAUGAGGCCACGCCCAUUAAGAACGCUCCUGCUGGGAAGAAGUACGUUCGCUGUCCGUGCAACUGUCUGCUCAUAUGCAAGGUGACCUCGCAGAGAAUUGCCUGCCCACGGCCUUAUUGUAAGAGGAUAAUAAAUCUGGGUCCCGUCCAUCCGGGCCCGGCGAGCCCGGAUCCCCAGCCGACCGGAGCGAGAGUUGUAUGCGGGCACUGCAGUAACACCUUCUUGUGGACAGAGUUUACAGACAGAACGCUCGCCAGAUGCCCUCACUGCAGGAAAGUCUCUUCCAUUGGCAAGAGGUAUCCCAGGAGACGGAGCUUGUGGUGUUUCCUGUUGUGUUUGCUAUUCAGCAUUGCUACUGCCGGCCUCAUAGCUGGUACUUGGACACAAGCCCGUCGCUACCGGGGCAUCUACGCCUCCUGGGCCGUCCUGAUCCUGCUGCUGUUGCUGAGCCUGGGCCGUGCGCUCUACUGGGCCUGCAUGCGGGUCAGCCAGCCCGUGGAGAACUUCACAUAGAGAGGGGAUGGCAGGAGACAGACAGCGAGCGAAAGAGAGAGAAAGCAUCAGAGAGGACAAGUUCUACGUCUAGGGGAGGGAGAGGAUGGAAGCAACUACAAGGAUUUGUGCACACAAACACACGCACAUAGACACACGCGUAACCAAAUGGGCGAGUCACAGAAGGAAGGAGGUAGUAAUGAGUUGUAACUAUCAGUGAUUUCAUUUUUAGUAAACUAACUGAAAGUGAGCUAUUUCCUCUCUCCAUAGUGAAUAGCUGGGUGGGUGUUUCCUUGCAAGAAGAAUAAUAGCAGUAAAUUUGUGGCCAGGAUCACGAAGUGACAUUUGCUUGGUCACUGUCAAACUGAUUGAUGAUCUCUUGAGAAAUGAAGGGUUUUAGUUAAUUUUUUUUAACAUCUCUUACAUUGAUGAACUGUGACAAUGCUGAUCGGGGAAAGAGUUUUUUUUUUUUUGCUUCCAAUUUAUACCACAAAACGGCAACGAAACCCAGGAUUUGAAUCUCGUUGCAACAAAAUCCUGGCCAGUUCAACCUUAACUAUGCUGUGAAAGCCUUGUCUAACAAACCCUAACCCUAAAAAAUCUGGCCUAGUACCUAGGACAGUUCUACCCUCUCUAGUGUGGAGAUCCACAGCAGUCAGGCUUUGAGACACUCUCACGUGUGUGUCCUGCUGUAUAGUUCCUGUGUAUGUGUGGGUGUCGGAGCAUGCGUGUGUUUGUAAGAAGGGCUCUUUGACCUUCUCCUUUUUCCCAACUUAAGUUGAGUACAAAGAACAAUUGAGGUUUUGUUCAUCACCUGUAUCUACUGGAGGCUGCUGUAGAGAAGGAAGAGGGAGUGAAGUUCCUGAACGCAACAAGCGUGGCAAGACCGCGUGACCAGCGCUGAGAAACUGUGUUCUCCAGUGGCAGUCUCUCAAAUUUCAGAUGGGUCUCACUUUCCCGAAAAGAGACGUAAUGGCACAGAUUUAAUUUGUUGUUUUAUUGUUAAUGAAGGACAGUACAUAUCGAACAGAAAAAAUGCAUUCAGAAAGCUAACACACUCAUCCAUCUUGUAGCAGUAAUUAACCUCUGGCUUGUAAAGCUUUUUAAUUUUUUCUUCUUAAACGUGAACUUAAUUUCAUUCUGUUGAGGGAGAGGAAAAGACCAGGUGUGUGUUUCUAUAGUGCUCUUUCUCUAUGGUUUCCUACAUGAAGGCAUUCCUCACCACUACUUUGUGGUAACUUUGAGACAGGCAGCAUGUGUGGUUUUUCUCAUUUUAACUUUAAUCUCAUUCUCCAUAUCUGGAAGUGAGCUGCUGUCAUUUUACACACGGAGAAACGCUGGAUUUGGAGGAAAUGAAAGAGCUUAGGGACUGCUACCUAAACUUCAGUAAAGUUUGCCCCUCUGCCAACUCUUUCCUUAUUUUGUCUCGUACUAUAAUGCGCACACCCAUAUGCACCGCCUUGUAUACGUGUCCAUAUUUGUGUGUGUAAGGACAGGCUUCAGAGUCAGCUGACAGAGGUCAUGUAUCUGACCAGUCUGCAGAGGUCCCAAAGUCAGAGGAGGCAGGUUUUUGGACCCUCGGAGAAGGUGAAUGGGAAUGAAUUGGUGCAGCGCGGCUUAAAUGGGACCCCAGCUUUCGCAGACAAAUCUGCUAGUCUUAUGGACCAACAAGAUCCUCUUAGCAGCAAACCCUGACUUAGCCAAGGAGCUUCUAAAGCCUUAAAGUGACAGGGGCCGUGGAGUGAGAAGGCCAAACAAGUGGGCUUGUGGGAAGCCAGGUGGUGGAGGGCCUGGAUUUGUGCACCUUUGAGCGUGGACCUUCAGCCAUUUUUAGCAGCUUUGCGAGUCACUUUGAAUAAAAGUACCUGCUAAAUGGCUGAAAUCAGAGAGAGCAUUUCAUCCUUCUGCUUGCCACUUGAUUCACAGUCAUCCCUCAGCUUCAUUUGCAAUAAAAGUUUUUUUUUUUUUUUUUUUUGACAUUGAUUGUGAUUGUCAGAAGACUGGAGGGAGCCUUCAGAAAGGCUGAAGAAACCCAUAAAGUGAAGUGUGGGAGAGGGGAUCCAGAGGGCUGUUAACAAAACAGCAAAGCCAGCCCUUCUAUGUGAAGGCCCUGGCAGUGUCCUUGCUGUGGGUCAUAGCACUGCAAGGCCCACCUGGCUAGUUGGGGACAAGGGUGUUGAAGCCAGUGUCAAACGUGUGAUCCAUCCACGCAGCAUAUAAACAAAUCGGCGGCUCACGGAGAGCACCAGCAACCUUUUCUUUACAUGUGUGAAUAUGUUUUAUCAUGGCAUUUCUCUGUUGGGACUGUACAUAAAAUAUUUCCUGGUAUAGUUUGAAUUACUCAACAGUAAUGUUGCACUAUGUAUGUUACACUAAACUGUUACUUUUUUGUCAUAUUUUAAUUAUGGUCAUCAUAGCUGUAAGCAUUAAUAUAAUAAUUUGAAUGCACUGAGUUUUAAUCAACGCCUAAUGCACCGCUACCAAGUGACACACCCAGGUGCGAAGGUUCGAGGCCAGACUCAGCACUGAGGCUUUUCACGCUGACAUCUUUGCUUGAAACCACUACACACAGUACACUGCCACAGCAUAUGCACAUACCUCGAGGAGGACCACACUCUUGGUCACUGGUACACACUGACACACACUGGGACAAGGAGACAACACGUUUAGAUGGGGCUCAUCUUUUUUUCUGAAAGGAUAGUAACUCUAUUCUCUGCUUAACUGGAAUAUAAUGGCAGCGAUGAUUAUUCGAGGAAGUGAUCAGAAUAUUACUGACAGGCCUGUAAUAUUUAUUCAAGUUCAGUGAUGAUUGUACAAAAUCAGUAAUGUUAUUUCCAGAAAUAAGUGGCCAAUGCUCUUUUCAACGUUUGUUUACAAUUAAUAAAG